AUGUGUUUCACUGCUGUCCUAGAGAGUGUGUAUGUUCGUGUGUAUGAGUUUGUGUGUGUGAGAGAGAGCAGGACCCAGUUCAAGGUGUGUGUAUGUGUGUGUGUGUGUGUGUGUGUGUGUGUGUGUGUGUGUGCGUGUGUGUGCCUGCCCUUCGUGUGUAAUUCUGCAGCCUCACAACAGUGUGGUCUUGUUUCUUGGUGGGAGGUAUGUGGUUAGUCCAUGUGGACACAGUAACCUGUGCAGAAUCAGAUAGGGAUCAAAAUGUUAACCCCCUCCUCCCCCUCUCUCUCUACCUCUCCAGAUCUUGGACGGGUCGGGCCAUGUAAAGUUCUGUGUGGAUGCCAGCGAGCCUGAUAUCGGGAGCUGGCUGAAGUGCAUCCAGUUUGCCCCCACGGCCCACCAGCACAACCUGACUCCGUGCCAGAUAGAUGAUCAGGUAUGUGGAGAGGAGACCGCCUUCCUGCCUACCACAGGGCCUCAGUGAACCCCCAUGUCCUGCCUGCCUGGCUGCCUGUUGUUGUGUUAGAAGGUGUUAUUGUGAUCUAGUUCAGAUAGCCCCUGUGCGGCCCACCCUGUGUUCAGUAUCAGCCCCCCUCUCCUCACACACACACACACACACACACACACACACACACACACACACACACACACACACACACACACACACACACACACACACACAAACACACACACACCGCCUCAGAGGGCCUAUCUCUAUGUUUUGUUUCUGUGUAAUUGUGUCUUGGCUUCGGCAUGUCGAGGACCACAGGGCCAGAUCACACACACCACACACACGGCUGCCGUGCUGAUAGUCACAGACACUUCACACAUGCUCGCACUGUAAACUUCCAGAUAUGUGUGCAAUGCCCCAUGGCGUUUUCUCUCCUCACCUGGGAGACAGGACAUGGGGGCCUACCUCCUACCUGACACAUAGGAGCAUUUUCACUUCACUCAUUCACUGGUUAAAUAGUAUUUUAUGGACUCAGACUACACACACACACACACACACACACACACACACACACACACACACACACACACACACACACACACACACCCUAUAGUAAGGGAGACCUUAUUUGACAUGGACAGUGCAUUCCAUGUCUUGAUGGAAGAUAAAUUGAUAGAAAAGUUUGCAUCACCUUUCAUUACUUCUUCAUAAAUAGUUUAUAAAUACUUGUAUAUGUUGCAAAUAACAGAAAAUGAAUCAGUUUCAAAUUUAAUAUUGAUGACUGGAUGUAAUUUGUAACUAGAAACAUUGUCAUCAUGAAUAUACCACUCAUGGACAUUAUUAUAACAUCACUAUAUCCUAUACAAAUGGUUAUUUAAUGUGUAUUUUGAGAGGAAGACAACUUCAGAUUCUUAUUUGAAACUGUAAUAUAAUGAAUCCCAAUUUGUGCGUCCCAAUUGUCACCCUAUUCCCUAUAGUGCACUAUGUAUGCCCCCUAUAUAAUGCAUUACUUUUGUCCAGAGCCCUGGACAAAAGUAGUGCACUAUAUAGGGAAUAGGGUGCCAUUUGAGACAUAACCAAUGUGAUGCUGUGUUUUAUGUAGCCUUCUGAUUGGCCCUCUCUCUGAGGUGUGACUGACUGUCAUCACUGUGGUUCUGCUCGGGUGGCUGUCUAAGCCUGGCCUGGGUCAUGGACAAGGCUGUGAUGAGAUUAUUGUUAGGUACCACACACUGUCACAACACUGUCUUCACGUCUUCCGGACACCCCUCAUGUUUUUCAUAACACACAGUAAUGGCUCCCGAAGCCUGUCUAGGCGUAAAUUACAUGUGUAAGGAUGGGUGUCUGGAAGGUCUGUCAGUUAUGUCUGUUUCUAUCAGAGUAUGAAUGUGUGUGUGUGUCUGUGUGUACGUCUGUGCAUGCAUACAUGUGGCUAUGUGUGUGCCUCUUUAUGCGUGCGCUGUGUAGGAUCUGGCCCUUUUUCAGGACUAUGUGAAUGUUCAUUGCGGUUCUGAUGGAUCCCAGUGCUCCUCAUCCUAAAGCUGGAUGUGAGAAAUGUAGUCCCUUACCUCCUUCCAACAGGUUUUACAGCUGCUGAGAAGUAAUGACUGUGAAGCCAGCCUGAAACCACAUAUUAUACCCUCUUACACAAUCAAUCCCACAUUGUGGACUAACCUGGCUUCAAUCCUCUUAUUUCUGACCUAGUCCUGUUUAUAAUAAAACUUUAUGUCCAAUCUCAAGAGGGUGAGGAGAGGAGAGGAAGAGGGGAGUGGAGGAAGGGAGGAGAGAGAAGAAAGAGAGAUAGAGGAACUAUUAGGGGUUCCUACUCGUGUGUGUGUGUGUGUGUGUGCGUUCCUGUGUGUGUGUGUGUGUGUGUGUGUGUGUGUGUGUGUGUGUGUGUGUGUGUGUGUUCGGCAUAGAGAAUAGCAAGGCUUGCAUAGUGCUGCAGCAGUAUGUUGUGUGUGAUCAUGUCUUAGCUGUAGGGUUUAAGAGGUGGUCAAAGUUAGCUAAUUAUGAACAUGAAUAACAUGUUAUUUAAAACGACCAAUAUUACCAUUAACAAUAACUAUUCAUUAACGCUCUGCAAUGCAGUCGGUGACUAUUGGGUCUUAUACAAUCAAUGAUCUGAGAUCAAUGAUCUGGGAGUAAAAACAGUUUUUUAGCACAGUAGUGGUGACUAAAACUGCUCUCUGGUCAGAUUCACCUGUGUUCAUCACUGAGCAUUAUACUUCAGACAUGAAGUAUAUUUAGUAUGGAGAUGUCUUAACCAUAUCCCACACAGACAGUAGCCUACAUGGGACAGGCUGAAGGGUAAAUGGAUUAGCGGUUUAAUUCUCAUGAUCUGACAAGUGACUAAAGACUCUUUCAUAAGACUGUGGAUGGAUAUGAGGGCUAAUCUCAUUAGCCAUAUUGAUUCUCCCACGCCGCACAAAGAGACAUGAAGUGGAUGAAUUGACUGUUUUAAUGUGUGAAAUGUUCUGUGAUCAUAGAAAUAGACUGGAGAGCUGAGUGUCUCAGUGUGGGAGUGCUGAUCUAGGAUCACUUUUGUCUUUUGGAUCAUAAUGAAUAUGAUUGUAUGGACAGGGAGGAACUGAUCCUAGAUCAGGGCCCGUAUUCACUAAGUGUUUCAGAGUAGGAGUGCUGAUCUUGAUUCAGUUAUCUAUUUUGGAUCAUAAUGAAUACAAUUACACUACAUGACCAGAAGUAUGUGGACACCUGCUCGUCGAACAUCUCAUUCCAAAGUCAUGGGCAUUAAUAUGGAGUUGGUCCCCCUUUGCUGCUAUAACAGCCUCCACUCUUCUGGGAAGGCUUUCCACUAGAUGUUGGAACAUUGCUGCGAUGACUUGCUUCCAUUCAGCCACAAGAGCAUUAGUGAGGUUGGGCACUGAUGUUGGGCGAUUAGGCCUGGCUCGCAGUCGGCGUUCCAAUUCAUCCCAAAGGUGUUCGAUGGGGUUGAGGUCUGGGCUCUGUGCAGGCCAAUCAAGUUCUUCCACACCAAUCUCAACAAAUCAUUUCUGUACGGACCUCGCUUUGUGCACAGGGGCAUUGUCAUGUUGAAACAGGAAAGGGCCUUCCCCAAACUGUUGCCACAAAGUUGGAAGCACAGAAUCGUCUAGAAUGUCAUUGUAUGCUGUAGCGUUAAGAUUUAUCUUCACUGGAACUAAGGGGCCUAGCCCAAACCAUGAAAACAGCCCCAGAAUAUUAUUCCUCCUCCACCAAACUUUACAUUUAGCACUAUGCAUUCGGGCAGGUAGCGUUCUCCUGGCAUCCGCCAUACCGAGAUUCGUCCGUCGGACUGCCAGAUGGUGAAGCGUGAUUCAUCACUCCAGAGAACGCAUUUCCACUGCUCCAGAGUCCAAUGGCGGCGAGCUUUACACCACUCCAGCCGACACUUGGCAUUGCGCAUGGUGAUCUUAGGCUUGUGUGUGGCUGCUCGGCCAUGGAAACCGAUUUCAUUAAGUUUCCGACGAACAGUUCAUGUGCUGACGUUGCUUCCAGAGGCAGUUUGGAACUCGGUAGUGAGUGUUGCAACCGAGGACAGACGUUCUUUGAGCCACUUCGUGGCUGAGCUGUUGUUGCUCCUAGACGUUUCCACUUCACAAUAACACCACUUACAGUUGACUGGGGCAGCUCUAGCAGGGCAGAAAUUUGACGAACUGACUUGUUGGAAAGGUGGCAUCCUAUGACGGUGCCAUGUUGAAAGUCACUGAGCUCUUCAGUAAGGCCAUUCUGCUGCCAAUGUUUGUCUAUGGAGAUUGCAUGGCGGUGUGCUCGAUUUUAUACACCUGUCAGCAAUGGGUGUGGCUGAAAUAGCCGAAUCCACUAAUUUGAAGGGCUGUCCACAUACUUCUGUAUAUAUAGUCUAUAAAGAGAGGGAGGACCUGAUCCUAGAUCAGCACUCUGGCUGGUGGCUGGCAUACCUGCUAGAUGACCUCUCUGAGAGGAAGGAUGUUGGAGGAACAAAGAGGGUGUGUCAGUGUACCGAGGAAAAUCGGAUUCUUUGUUUGCACUGGUGACUAAUGAUGUCAAGGUAACCAACUUCUCCAAGAUAAUAGCCUCUGAAAUGUCUGAGGUUAUGACCUCUAUAAGAAACAGAGGAGAGAGAGAGAGAAGAAGAGCGAGAGAGGGAGAGUGCAUGUUUGUGCAUGUGUCUGCUCAUGUGUUUGUCUGUGUGUGUGUGUGUGUGUGUGUGUGUGUGUGUGUGUGUGUUUGUGUGUAUGUGUAUUUGUCUACACUACCGGUCAAAAGUUUUAGAACACCUGCUCAUUCAAGGGUUUUUCUUAAUUUUUACUAUUUUCUACAUUGUAGAAUAAUAGUGAAGACAUCAAAACUAGGAAAUAACACAUAUGGAAUCAUGUAGUAACCAAAAAAGUGUUAAACAAAUCAAAAUAUAUUUGAGAUUUGAGAUAGCCACCCCUUGCCUUGAUGACAGCUUUGCACACUCUUGUCAUUCUCUCAACCAGCUUCAUGAGGUAGUCACCUGGAAUGCAUUUCAAUUAACAGGUGAGCCUUCUUAAAAGUUUAUUUGUGGAAUUUCUUUCCUUCUUAAUGCGUUUGAGCCAAUCAGUUGUGUUGUGACAAGGUAGGUAGGGUAUACAGAAGAUAGCCUUAUUUGGUAAAAGACAGAGUCCAUAUUAUGGCAAGAACAGCUCAAAUAAGCAAAGAGAAACGACAGUCCAUCAUUACUUUAAGACAUGAAGGUCAGUCAAUACGGAAAAUCUCAAGAACUUUGAAAGUUUCUUCAAGUGCAGUCGCAAAAACCAUCAAGCGUUAUGAUGAAACUGGCUCUCAUGGGGACCGCCACAGUAAUGGAAGACCUAGAGUUACCUCUGCUGCAGAGGAUAAGUUCAUUAGAGUUACCAGCCUCAGAAAUUGCAUCCCAAAUAAAUGCUUCACAGAGUUCAAGUAACAGACACAUCUCAACAUCAACUGUUCAGAGGAGACUGUGUGAAUCAGGCCUUCAUGGUCGAACUUCUGCAAAGAAACCACUGCUAAAGGACACCAAUAACAAGAAGAGACCUGCUUGGGCCAAGAAACACGAGCAAUGGACAUUAGACCAGUAGAAAUCUGUUCUUUGGUCUGGAGUCCAAAUUUGAGAUUUUUGGUUCCAACCGCCGUGUCUUUGUGAGACGCGGUGUGGGUGAACGGAUGAUCUCCGCAUGUGUAUUUCCCACUGUAAAGCAUGGAAGAGGAGGUGUUACGGUGUGGGGGUGCUUUGCUGGUGACACUGUCUGUGAUUUAUUUAGAAUUCAAGGCACACUUAACCAGCAUGGCUACCACAGCAUUCUGCAGCGAUACGCCAUCCCAUCUGGUUUGGGCUUAGUGGGACUAUCAUUUGUUUUUCAACUGGACAAUGACCCUACACACCUCCAGGCUGUGUAAGGGCUAUUUUACCAAGAAUGAGAGUGGUGGAGUGCUGCAUCAGGUGACCUGGCCUCCACAAUCCCCCGACCUCAACCAAAUUGAGAUGGUUUGGGAUUAGUCGGACUGCAGAGUGAAGGAAAAGCAGCCAACAAGUGCUCAGCAUAUGUGGGAACUCCUUCAAGACUGUUGGAAAAGCAUUCCAGGUGAAGCUGGUUGAGAGAAUGCCAAGAGUGUGCAAAGCUGUCAUCAAGGCAAAGGUGGCUAUUUGAAGAAUCUCAAAUAUAAAAUACAUUUCGAUUUGUUUAACACUUUUUGGGUUACUACAUGAUUCCAUAUGUGUUAUUUCAUAGUUUUGAUGUCUUCACUAUUAUUCUACAAUGUAUAAAAUAAUAAAAUAAAGAAAAACCCUUGAAUGAGUAGGUGUUCUAAAACUUUUGACCAGUAGUGUAGGUACCUAUCCUCAGUGCCUCCUUGUGUGUAAUGUUAGCCCAAUCCCCCAUUGAUAAGGCCAAGUAAUGAAGUCUACUAAUGAUUGUGUAUCCUCUGGCUCUUGGGGCUGUCUCCCCUCAGUGGUUCCCUUCUAGUCCAAAGGUGUGGCUGGCUGGACCUCACAGUGUGAACUCAAACACCACUGUUCUUAUCUAGCUCUCUGUUAUUUCUAGCCACUGUCCGUUUACAGCCCCAGACUAGGCUUCUCUCACUCUGUGUCAGCCUGCCCUUAUAGGGGCAACUCAUAAGGCUUUUUGAGAGGAGUUGGAGAUCUGUACAGUGCAGAAAUGUACAACCAGUGUGUGUGUUUGUGUGUUUGUUUGUGUGUGUGUGCUUGCGUGUGUGUGUGUUUCGGGGUGUGUACGGUAUGUUUGUUUGUGUGUGUUUGAGUGUUUGUCUGUGGCGGCCCAUAGGGAAGGGGUGUUGCUGAGGGGAAUUCCCCCAUGUUGGCACUCACUGCAAUGCCUGUGUGCCAGAUUGUGCAUCAUCUGCACAAGUGCAGCGAUACUAGCUACAGUAACUUAAACUCGUUCCCCGCGGCCGCUGCCACAUUCUGCCCCCUGUGUGCCACGGUCCAUUAGCGGCUGUAACCUAGUCUGAUCCUAGAUCAGUUUGUACUGUCUUGCCAACUCCUUGUCACUCAUUGUCACGCAAGACAGCACAAAUAGAUCUGGGAUCAGGCUAACUGUACCUCUGAUAGCUUUUCAAAGAGUCCCCCUAAAAGACCCUAUCAGUCUCUGAGGGCGGAAUCCCUGCAGCCCAAGACGGCUGUUUCAACUGCUCUUUUAUUGUUCCCAACCAUCAAUAUUAUUGUGGCCUGUUGGUGUGAGGGAAAGUCCUGGACCGAGAGCUGUCGACUGCUCUAGACCGGCAGGAAGGAGCUGGGAGGGGGGUGAGGGGGUGAGAGGGGGGUCUAAACAGACGAGGGGGGCACCUGAGAGAGCUAGCCGCUCGGCUAUUGGGACUCUCUCAGUUCCCUGCAUUCUCCUCCUGAACAAUGGGGUCGAGGCUGGCUCCCCUCUGACCAGGCCGCUUGGCCCUCGCCCUCGCUGCCGCCGCGCCGCACUGAUGUCAUGGCGAGCCGGGUAUGUUAUCUCCCAGGGCCAGUGUCCCUGUGACCCGCGCCCUUCCCAGAAGACUCCCCUGUCACAUUUCUAAUAACCCCCCCCCCCCCCCCUUCCCGUCCAAAUGUCACCACGGUGCUGUAAGGGAAGUUAAUAAGUUAAACCUUCAAGGCGUGCCAAAAAUAACGCCAUCUGUGAUUGUUUGGGAGAGCAUCUAUUGUGUUCGUAUGGGAAGUCCCAGAGAUCUCAGGGUCUCUCAGAUGACCCAUUCACUAAACACCUUGGAGUCUGUGGAUUGUGUGUGUAUUGUGUAGUAGUGUGUGUGUUUGUUUAUGGCGUAGCGUAUAUGCUGUGCAUGUAAAUGUUUGCAUGUGAGUAUGUACUGUAUACGUGUAGCUCCACAGGUAGUCAUGUAACCUUAGUACUGUACAUCUCUCCAUAUUUUUGUCACUCAAUGCACUAUGAGCAUAUAACGGUCCUUUUUGAAAAAGCAUAGAAUGGUACUGGUAUAGAGUGGACAGGUGGAGUUUUGGCUACUUUAUAUACACACACACACACACACACACACGUGUACACACCACACACACACACGUCACAAAUACGUCACCAUGCACUGCAGCAGUAAGACAUCUCUCCACACCUUUUACUGCCUCUUCCUCUGUGGUCCAGCCGUGUUGAGAGCAUUCUGGUCCCACUACUGACGUAUUGUAUGGCCAUCUCUGCUUCACGCUCAGCCCCCAAUAUCCUCCCUAAUCUCUAAACUCUGUGUGUGUGUGUUGAGUCAAAGUUUGUUUGCUUUCUGCAUCGGUGUGUUUUUGUUUCAGUAAAGUGGAUGUGAGUGUGCUAUAUGGUGUUGGUUGACAAAGUUUUGUGUGUAUGUGUGUAUUCAUGUAUGUAUAUACUGUAAUUUCAUAUGUUUAAAUCUGUGUGUGUGUGGAUUUUGCAGAUCUUCUACAGAGUGACUCGAGAGAUCCAACCAGGAGAGGAGCUGCUUCUGUUCAUGAAGGCAGAGGAGUAUUCAUGUAACACCAUGGCUCCUGAUAUGCACGGUCAGUUGACACACACACACACACACACACACACACACAAACAACACACACACAUACACACACACAUAAUAAACAACACACACACAACACACACACAAACCCACACACACACAGACCCCUAAGAUAUUCCUCCCCUUCCUUCCCCCUGUCCAGAGGAGAGACAGUAUCGCUGUGAGGAUUGUGACCAGCUCUUUGAGUCUGUCUCUGAGCUGCUGGACCACCAGAAGGUUCCAUGUGGGACGCCCACCUCAGCCUUCCUGGGGAACCCUGGAGGGGACAGUAGUGACCUGGAGGGCCCCGAGGACCUGGAGUCCCACGACCUGCACCUGUCCCACAGCCUCAGCCACGACGGCCCCCAGGAGUGUAAGGAGUGUGACCAAGUGUUCCCCGACCUCCAGAGGUGAGAAGGUGUCCUCCUUCCCCCUUGUUGAUAGGACUGGGAAAACUCAGGGCCCCUCAGCUCAGGACCCCUCUAUGUCACUCAACCUGCACCACCCUCACACGCCUGAUGAUGGCUGCAUAUCAACUGCACAUCAACUUGAAUCUAUAGUUGUCUUGAUGAUAAUAUUGUAGUGAAUGGCGACAGUUGCAAUGUCAUUUUAACUAUUAUUGAUCCUGGGUAAGGUCUUUGUUUGCACACUUCGUUCAUUUUACAUCAUUGGGUUGUUUUUAGUUGAGAGGCUAGUGAGGCAGAGGGUUGUAAUAAUGUUCUUGUGUCUGUCUGUCUGUCUGUCUGUGCGUCUCUCCUGCAGUCUGGAAGCUCACUCUCUGUCUCACUCGGAGGAGAGGGAAUACAAGUGUGACCAGUGCCCCAAGGCCUUCAACUGGAAAUCCAACCUGAUUCGUCAUCAGAUGUCACAUGAUAGUGGCAAGCACUACGAAUGUGAAAACUGCACAAAGGUACAGUCAUGUACCUGCUCAAAGGUACAGUUGUGUUUGGGUGGGGUAGGUGGGUGUAUGUUACUAGAGCAGGGUUCUCCAUCCCUGUUCCUGGAGAGCUACCAUCCAGUACGUUUUCACUCUAACCCUAAUCUAGUGCACCUGAUUCUAAUAAUUAGCUGAUUGAUAAGACUGAAUCAGGUUAGGUACAACUGGGGUUGGAGCGAAAACCUACAGGAGGGUAGCUCUCCAGGAACAGGGUUGGAGAGCCCUGUAUUAGAGUUUAUUUUGAGUUUAAUUGAACAUGUGAACAAGUGUAUGUGCAUGAUUGUGCCUGUAAAUGAAUGCAUCUCCUACAUGUACUGUAUCCAUAGUCGCAGAUGGGUAACCCCCCCGUGUGUCCCCUCGUCCGUCUCCCCCCAGCAGGUGUUCACAGACCCCAGUAACCUGCAGAGGCACAUCCGCUCGCAGCACGUGGGGGCGCGGGCUCACGCCUGUCCCGAUUGCGGGAAGACCUUUGCAACGUCCUCUGGCCUGAAGCAACACAAGCACAUCCACAGCAGCGUCAAGCCCUUCAUAUGUAAGUCACUCAGACCCUUCAUAUGUAAGUCUGCACGCUUUUUCCACAUAUUCUACUAGCUUGUUAGAACUCAUUUAGAAAAAUCGCUAAAACGGCCCUUCUCUUAUGUUCUCACCUGUCAUAAUAACUAGUUGACAUAUUAGUUACUACAUGAUAGAUUAUAACGCAGUCCCAUACCUAUUUUGACCCUCUAAUUGUUUUAAAGGGGAAUUUCACUUGAAAACCAUUUCUUCAUAUAUUCUUCAUUAGUCCACUUUUGAUACAGUCCCAGGAAAUUGUGCAUGUCAACAUUCAAGUUUUGAAGAUAUGUUGCUUCCAGUCUCCUGUAGCCCAAAAUCAAGCAAAACAUCUCAUUAGGAUCCAUUUAGCAUAAUCAUGAGACUUUUCCAGGAAGUAAACACAGGUCUUCUAUUAUAAUAGCUUUGAGGUUUGUACAUACAGUAUAUGUGCAAAAUAAUAUAUUAAUGGUACACUGAUGAGAAAAAUAUGAAAAAGUGGUUUUAGGGUCAAAUGCCCCUUUAUUUUGAAAGUGGCAUGUUGAUUGUGGUAAUAUGUACAUAUCUAUAAUCUACAAGAUUGCAAAAGGAGAACAUUAAAUGUUUCAUUCCACAGGGGAGUGCUAUUUAGAAGGAAAAUGGCAUUUCUGUUAUUAGCUGAAGAACAGCAGUACCUGUUCCAUGCCCCCAUCUCAGCAACCGCACACCUUGCUGACCCAAUGACCCCUAACAAUGACCUCACACUAUGACCUCACGUUUUAACCCUACUGUUGUCCCACACAUUGACCUGUUCGACCAGCCGAGACCCCCCUGUUGACCCCAGAGCUCCUAUCUUUGACCCCACUCUCUCUCACACUCCCUGUAAAUGCCAACCCCUGUGGUCUAACAUUAAAACCACACCACAACACAUAAUGACCAGGCGCCAGUUCUGCUUUUCAGAGAAAACAUAUUUUUAGAGUUUUCCCUUGUUAGGUCAAGUAGUCAGGAACAUUUCCUGGCCCUAAUAAUGAUUUCUCACACUUUCACCUCACACACCAAAGCACAAUGACCUUCACCCUUUGACCCCAUCUCCGUGACCCCACACACAGGGCAGAGGGGCUGGGUCUGCCUGCGGACCCCCAUCUCCCCUCUCCCCCUCCAAACGCACCAUUCCACACAAAUAGCAACCACAUGUCCCCUCCAUCGUGCUCCGAAUGGGAGUCCAUUUGCACUAAUCAGCUGAAAAUAUGCAGGUUUAAAAACAGCUAAUGCCUGUGUAAAAAGACAGAACACCCUCUGCCCUGACAGAUGUGUUAGAGACCGUGUGUGUCCGUCCUCUGUGUUUGUUUGUCUGUGUGAACAACAUGUCUGUCAGCGUACUGUAUUGUAUACGUGUGUGUCCACGUGUGUGUCAAUGUGUGUGUCCGUGUGUGUGUCCGUGUGUGUGUGCCUGUGCAUAUGUUUGUCUGUGUGUGCGUGUGUGUCUGUCAGCGUACGUGCCUGCGUGUGUCCAUGCCUGUGUGUGUGUGUGUGUGUGUGUGUGUGUGCAUGCAUGUGUGUGUGUGUACCAAGGUAGAAAGCCUGUGCCUGUGGUUGUCUGUAGAGCACUCCGGCCCUGAUCAUUCAUUCAGACACAUGGGGCUGUCUUACUCAAAGCUGCUCUUCACAGGAAUGUGUUUAUAAUAUUUAGUUACAGUUUAUGGAGACCUGACAAAACACACGUGUGGAGUGGAUCAGGUCCCUCACACACUGUGUGUCAUUUGUGUCUGUUGUAAGUCUGUAAAUGUCAUGAGUGUGAGAUUUACAGCCACUGGUUUCUACUCGUUCUACAACAGAGAGGAAACGGAUAACAACACCCAUGUUAGCCAACGAGCCUCAGGCUCAUAAAAUAUUUACACCUAGACUCAACAUCUCUUGAUCAAUUAUGACAUUGACUCCUUCGAAAACAUUAUCAUUCAUUCUGAGACCUUUGCCCUAGAUUCGAAGAAUGUUAAUUAUUACGGCAAGGUAUGCACGUCAUUGUCUUACACAAGUUUCCCAAUACAUUUCCAUACCACCAUAUGAAAAAAAUCAAAGAACUUUAGACUACAUACUGUAUAUUGUGAUGAGUAAAUAUUUGAAUCAAUAUAAAGUUAUAGAUUGCAAUAUUGUUCAAUAUCAUACAUAUUAUUUAAGAGUAUGUUUUGAUAUUAAAUUGUCAUCCGCUUUCCAUUUUUACGGAUGUAGAAUAAAUAAUAGAGAAAUAGAGAAUUCCAAUAGAGAAUAUGAAACAGAAUGACUAUUAUCCAGAUGCUACUGUAUAGAUAUGAUCUCUAUAUGACUGUUUAUUUUUAUCUAGCUAUCAUCUAGCCCAGGGGUCUCCAACCUUUUCUAGCAUGAGAGCUACUUUUUAAAAAAUGAAACAUGUGGCGAGCUACUCAGAAGACCUUUUAUUUUUGUCUGGAAGAAAACAAAAAAAUAUAUUUUUUAGUGUAAUUCCCCUUUAAUUGCGCAUCUGGCCCUUUAAUUGCGCAUCUGGCCCUUUAAUUGCGCAUCUAGCGAGUGUGGAAUGAUGGUUCUGUACUGCUGCUGCUCAUUUCAUGGCAAAGUUUGCAAAUAACAAAUAAUAGAUACAAAUGAUAUACUUACUCAUUAUAUACUUCUGCCAGGUGAGCCUACUUUGCAGUUAACAUUUAAUUGAGAAAGUUUUUGGGAAAGUAUUUCUGUUAACCCACAACAUGGUUAUCACAUAAACUGGCUACACACAAAGUGAUAGACAAAGGUGCGAAACCACACAGACAGACGGGGCAAUAUUGCUGGAAAUUAAUUGGCAGACUUUAGCUUUUUAAUCCAAUAGUGGCUAACCAGGGGUGAGAUUUGUUUAUGACAGUUUUUGGUGGAAAACAUGAAAGAUUGCAUGUACUUUCAGAAUUGUUUGGCGAGCUACUUAUAUGUGGGUUGUGAGCUGCUGGUAGCUCGCGAUCUAACUGCUGGAGAACCCUGUCUAGCCACUAUGUUCUGUUCAACAAUGUGGUCUGCCACAUAGCAGGGUGGUGUCCAUGGGGUCAGACAGGGAAGGGACUGUGGGACUGUGGGAAGGUUACAGUGAGCUAGAUGACAGGGACAGGGUGAGGGGGACCCGGCCAGGGGGGAGUGGGGGGUGAGGGACGAGGUGGGCAGCGGAGGACGUGAGCCCUGUCCCUGGGAACCGGACCUACAGGAUAGGAUUCAUUCAACUCUGCUUCCUUCACAGGCUCAAAAUAGAGCCAUUGUGCCGUGUGUCUGCAAGUGAGUCUGUGUGUGUAUGUGUGUGUGUCAUGUGUUAUGUGAUAUUUUAAUAUCUGUGAAUGUGUCUGCAUAUAUCUGUCUGUGUGUGUGUGUGUGUGUGUGUGUGUUCAUGUGUGUGUUUUUGUCUAUUGUGAGUUAUGUGAAUAUCUAUGAAUGUGUAUGCAUGUCUGUGUGCACACGCAUGUGUAUGUACGUGUAUGUGUGUACCCGUGUGUGUUUGUUUACGGUCUCCUUGGGAGUCUGACCCUGGAGGUGCAUUGUGUUUGAUGUGCAGGUGAUGGAUUCCACUGACUCAGUCUCAGCCCGAGGAACAAAGUCCCAUGACAAUGCCAGGAUCUGGCGACUCAUCUCAUCCCCCCCCUCACCUCACUGAAAUAACAUUAUCAAACUAGGACAUCUUACACUCAGCCAGUCUCUCAUGUACUGUAGUCCCCCAUCCUGAAAUGCAUGUGUAGUGUCACGACUAAAGCCUGGAGGUUUUCCUUACUACUGGAUCUAAGGGAAAACUCUUGGCCCUUGUGGUCAGAGAUGUACUCUGUGUAUGUAUGGUGUGUGUGUGUGUGUGCGUGUGUGUGUGUGUGUGUGUGGUGUUGGACAUGUCUCUGAGUGCCCCGUGUCUGUCUCCCUCUCCCUGCAGGCGAGGUGUGCCACAAGUCCUACACGCAGUUCUCCAACCUAUGCCGCCACAAGCGCAUGCACGCCGACUGCCGUACCCAGAUCAAGUGUAAGGACUGUGGACAGAUGUUCAGCACCACCUCCUCCCUCAACAAGCACCGGCGCUUCUGUGAGGGCAAGAACCAUUUCACGGCAGGGGGGUUGUUUGCCCAUGCCCAGGGCAUGUCCCUCCCCGGUGUCCCUGGUGCCAUGGACAAGGCCGCUAUAGGUGGUAUGGGGCACAGCAGCGCCAGCCUGGCAGACUACUUUGGGAACCGGCACCACAGCGGCCUGACGUUUCCGACCGCCCCUGGCUUCCCCUUCAGCUUCCCGGGCCUGUUCUCCUCUGGACUGUACCACCGACCCCCCCUCAUCCCGGCCACCUCCCCAGUCAGACGGCCCCCAGGUCCCGGUACGGAGCACAGCAAGAGCCCCCUCCUGUCGCCCAGCCCCGGAGCCCAGGAUGCCAGAGAGCUGCUCAAGACCCUCCGCAAGGAGGCAUCGCCCGGCAAUGAGCUGCCACAGGGGACAGAGCAGCGACAGGCCCAGGGCUCCUCCUCCAAGCAGAGGCACGGCGGCGGCAAGAUGAGCAGCCAAUCGGAGAGCAGCGACCUGGAUGACGUGAGCACGCCCAGUGGGAGCGACCUGGAUACCACGUCAGGCUCGGAUCUGGAGAGCGACAUGGAGAGCGAAGGCCAGCGGGAGAGGGCACCCCGGGAGAACGGGAAGGGGCCCGAAGAGGAAGGCGGGCGGAGGCCCCCAGAGCCCCACCACCCUGACCAGUAACCACACUAAGGAGUUCCAAGGCCCCGCCUUGUUCCCUCCCUCGCUGGAUGAGCACACGGCUGUCUCAGGGGGCGGUCAAUGACUCCAUCAAGGCCAUCGCCUCCAUCGCUGAGAGGUACUUUGGCUCCACGGGGCUGGCGGGCCUGCAGGACAAGAAGGUAGGCGCCCUGCCCUACCCCUCCAUGUUCCCCCUGCCCUUCUUCCCAACCUUCUCCCCACCCGUCUACCCCUUCCCAGAGAGAGAGCUCAGACCUCCAGGCCUCAAGGGGGAGCCCCAGUCCCCACCUGACGAACCCACCAAGAAGGGCCAGAGCAGGACCUCUGAGUCGCCCUUUGACCUUACCACCAAGCGCAAGCAGGAGGAGAAGGUCCCCGCCCCCUUCGCCCCCGUCUCCAAUUCCAAACCGGAGGCCUCCCCACGUUCCACCAAUCAGGACCAGCCGCUGGAUCUGAGCAUGGGCGGCACCAGGAACCGCGGCAGUAGCCGCGCCCCCCGGAGGGAGGAGUCAAAGAAGAUCCACGUAUUUGGAGAAGACAAGGCAGGGGUGGAGCUUCCUAAAGCCGACACCUCUCUGCAGCACGCCAGGCCCACCCCCUUCUUCAUGGACCCCAUCUACAGGUACUGUGAAUCUCUAGAACUAAACCUCACCAGUUCAAAUAUCACUCACUAUCAGUCUCAUUUAGACCUAUUGUGUGUUAUUAUAUUCUGUGUUAGCAAUAUGUGUCUUUAACUUCCUAUAUGUAAGCCUCCUGUAGCUCAGUUGGUAGAGCGUGGCGCUUGCAACGCCGGGGUUGUGGGUUCGAUUCCCACGGGGGACCAGUAUAAAAAAUUUAUGCACUCACUAACUGUAAGUCGCUCUGGACAAGAGCAUCUGCUAAAUGACUAAAAUGUAAAUGUACUUUUUCCUAUAUUGUUGGAUGUAAAUGUAUUUUAGAGUGUCGGUGUCUAAGAACUGAUAGAGUUGUAAUAUUAGCAGGGUUGAGAAGAGGAAGAUGAACGAUCCGUUUGAGGCUCUGAAAGACAAGUACAUGCGGCCCGCCCCCGGCUUCCUCUUCCAUCCACAGGUAGGUCCUGUCCUGUUCUAUCUCAGUGUUACUGUAGCUUCACAAAGACAGCCAGACCAGGGGCCCUUUUUGGUUUUGAGGCCCAGGCUCGGUGAGGCGAUCUGGGGUUGGUCUGGGGGUGGUCCGAAGUGGUCUGGUUCUGAUGGGGACCAGAGGCAGUGUUCAGUCUGAUCGGGUCUGGUCUGUCCUGUUCUCAGCUAUCUGAACCAGAUGUGUGAGAAUGUGGAAGACUGAAAAGGGCACAAAGUGGCACAUCCUCACAUAGGUGUCUUUGACUAAAAUAUAUAAGAUGAUACCCUUUAAAAGUCCCUGAAUUUUGCCCCCGGACUCUGCGCUGCCUGUGAUUUCUCUAUCGUGUGUAGCGUGACUCAAUGUGUACUGAUGUGCUUUGACAUUCGUGUGAAAAAGUGAAAACAUUUUCUCAGGGCUUGGUGUUUUUUACUGACCGUUUCAGGCCUGGUUUUUACUGGCUGUUUGAGUCGUUCUGAUUUAUGUCCCCUCUCCACACUCUGUGAACCAGUCUCUAACUCUGUAACGCCACAUGGCCGUGGCACGUGGCUUAAUGAGGUGUCCUAUCAGUAGAAACAGAAACAGCAUUUAGGCCAUUUUUAUUACUUUACGAUGUUUAGACACACAAAUCAGUCACAGAAACACUCUGGCCACAGGGGCUCUUUAUUUAUUUAUUUGCAGUUGUACAUUUUCGGGUUAGGGGUUUGUUACCAAGUCACCUGACCCCCUUGUGACAUCAUCAUCCCCCACCCAAUGCCCAAUGCCCAAUCAAAAGCUGUUAAUCCAUGGUCUACUUCCUGGUUCUGACUGAUCUUUUCCUUCUGUCCCGCCCCUCAGUUUCGUAUGCCAGAUCAGAGAUCCUGGGUAAGUUUCCUCUACACCUAUAUGUCUCUGUGCUUCAUGUAAAUGUCUGAAAAUUAUAUUUAGGCCUGGGAUUUCUAGCUGGGUUCCACCCUGUACUGCUAACGGCACUGAGGGUUCUAUAUAUAUUUGCUUAUUUGGAGAGUGAGGCAGGGCUGUUGGAAUGGGCACAGAGCGGGUGAGACGAGGGGGGGAAGACAGGGGGGACUGCUCUGCAUCAGCGCGAGGGUAACAGUCUCUUAGGGACCCAGGGAGGGAGGGGGAGUUCCUCCCUCCGACAUCUGUUUCCAGAUAAGAUCAACAAUUGAGAAUGCAUCUCGCUAAUUAAGGCGCUCUCAGCAUCACUGACAUCUGAAGAUAACCAAUCAACAGCUGGCCCCACAGAGACACUACGGCAACAAGCAAGUUCAUCUAAAGGGGAUUUUGGGGGGAUCACAUUUAAGUAAAUGUGUAGACAUUUAUCCUCCAUGUUCCCACAAUUACACUUCUCACAAUCUGUAUUAUAUCAAAUGAGAUCUAGUGAACCUGACUUAAAAUCAAUAAAAUCUCAAAGGCUUUAGAGCCGUUUGUUCUGAUUUUGACUUAUCUCACCGGUAGUAGACGAUACAGAUAGUUCUCACAGAGGGAGGAACAAAACUGAACUGAACAGCCAGAGAGGAAGGAGAAUGAGUGUGUAUCAGAGCGAGGGUUGCCUCAGUAGACAGAAGAACAGCCAGGGUGGGCUAGCUGUUUCAGCCUCAGCCUCUUGCUCUCAAACUAAAAUGUCUUAUCUUGCACGACGGCUCAAUACAGCGGACAGUUUUAGGGCUCCUAAUGCGCGGGCGAGUUAUGGCCUCUCAUUGAGUAAGGAGGGAAACAAACUGAGCUUUAGCCCCCACGCCCGUAAAGAGCCCCAAUGAAAUACAUAUUGCACAUUCACAAGAAAUAUGGAAGCAUUCCACCCCCACCUUCCCCUCCCGUUCCCCUCCUCACGAGGGAGCCUUUGAUUCACAGCACGGAGCAUUGGCAUAUUCAUAAUCAAACGGACCUGACACCCACAUCCUCCCGGAGUCGGAACUUUACACCUGGCCGUCACUCUUAAUCAGCCCUGGCCUAUAAAGUCUGUGGUCGUUCAUCAUCGAUCAGUCUCUCCAUCUCUGUUUUCUCUCUGCUCUUUUUCUCAGAGUGGAACACCCAAUAUUUCUUACUCACUCUCUCUCUCCCUAUAUAUAUAUACAAUAUAUACUGUAUCUCUCUCUCUCUCUCUCUCUCUCUCUCUCUCUCUCUCUCUCUCUCUCUCUCUCUCUCUCUCUCUCUCUCUCUCUCUCUCUCUCUCUCUCUCUCUCUCUCUGUGUGUAAAGUCUCAGAGUAACAUGGGGCUGGAACAGUGAGAUGGAAUGUCAGGUGGUGAGCAGGGCCCGUGGCGCUGCCGGAGGACCAAUCACCACUGAUUUGUUGCCUUAUUGAAAUAAGAAUAAGGAACACACUAAAAAUUCAAUACACGCAAAACAAUGCAAAUUUGUGGCACCUUAAAAAAGAAAGCUGUCCUGUGCGAGAUAGGCUGACAGGCCCCGCAGCCUGCUGGGACAUCCCCCCCCACCUCCCUCCUUCCUCUUCUCCUCCCCCAUCCCUCCAUCCCGCCCCUCUCAGCACAGCGAUAUCAUUAUUACCCGUGUCUGGCCCUUGAUCAGUAAUGUCAACAUCUUUCAUAUUGACGAAUGUGCUGUCUGCCUGCAUUGUGCACCGAAUGGUUUACAGCCCAGCAGUGGACAUGAAUCACACACACACACACACACACACAUAGAGAAAGCAAGCACACAGACACACAUUCUCACACAUUAACACACUCUCUUUCUUUCUCUCACACACACAAACACACACAUUCUCUCACAGACAUUGUUGGUAGUUAAUCAACUAUGACCACCAUGCAGCACACAUACACACACAAACACUAACACACUCAUACACACACACAAACACUAACACACACAUACACAUCAUCUGACAAGUACAUGUAUUUCCACUUUCCUCCAAGGAUUUUACGCAUAUUUGAUGAAAGCAAAUGUUAGCCUUCAUUAGUAAAUUGUAUACAGUGUGUGUGUGUGUGUGUGUGUGUGUGUGUAAAACAGAGUUGAUUACAGUCAUAUACCACCUGACCUGACUUCCACUGACCACUAGUGGUGGAAUAAAGCUGCAUAAUAUUCCCAUAUACAAUACCCUAAUACCAGCCCUGGAAAGGACAAUCAAUAAUACUCUGAUCUGUGUAAAGUACAGUAUUGGUUUCUAUCUUCAAUAUGGCCUAGUUUGAAUACAGCCUUGGUUUAUGGUGUCUCAAUUCAAUGCCAGGCAGAGCCUCUCUCUGAAGGACUAUACUCAUGUUGUCACAUCAUGCCCCCUUUGCUCUGCUUAUAUGCACUGCUGUCACUAGUUUCGGGGGCAACUUGGGGAGUCUUUUGGGACAUUGGGCUGUAUUAUUGACUCCCUUGGUUGCACAUCAUUCUGGUGGGUGGCAACAGAAAAUAACCCUAACCUAAUGUGUCCGGCUCCACCCAAAAAACUUUUCCCGUCAACAAAGACAGAUCUAUAAUCUCUAGGAACAGUACUUAUCAGUUGUAUCAAAUAAUCCUGCCUAGUUAGACAGUGGGCUGCCAUUAGACCAUGCACUUCACGCAACACUUCCUACCACGUAAUCUACCACUGUCUGUACAGCAGGAAUGUGGUGCGGUUUGGACAAAAGUUGGAUUCAGACCUUCAUUUGAAAGUGAAGGACACAUUUAACCUUAAAACUGGUAAGUAGUGUUCUAGAGACUAUAGAUAUGCCUUUGUUGAUGGGAAACUUAUUUUUUUGUUAAGCCGCACACAUUAGGUUAGGGAAUGAUGCGCAACCAAGGGAGUCAAUAAACAACCCAAUGUCCGGAAAGACUCCAGAAGUUGCCCCUGAAGUUAUACUGAAACCUGCCAGAUGGUCAAUUUAAAUAAAGUGGGUUACUAACUGACUUACUUGGUUAAAUGAAGGUUCAAUAAAGGUUUUCCCUGACCAUUCAUGUGACAUGUGUCCGUCUCUCCUCAGAUGUCGGCCAUUGAGAACAUGGCGGAGAAGCUGGAGACGUUUGGUUCACUUAACCCCGAGUCAGGUGACCUGAUGCGCUCCGUCCCCUCCAUGUUUGACUUCCGAGCCCCGCCCACUGCCCUCCCCGAGACGCUACUGCGCAAGGGCAAGGAGCGCUACACCUGCAGGUAACUACAGAAACCGUUUACGCGCAUCAGGUGAUUUUAUCCAACUGUAUUGAAAAAAAUGUAUUUUGUCUUCACACUACUUCAUCUCUGAUUUUGGCCUCGUGACUUUCUGAUUGAAAGUCCCAUGGUUUUGGUCAAUUCCUAUUUCUAUACUUCUAAAUUCAUAAAUUGAGUUGGAUUGAAUUUAAUUUGAUUGAAUUGAAUUGAAUUGGAAUAGACCCUAAACCUGAAAAGUUCAUAUGUCCUUGAGUGUAUGGCCUAUUUCCAUUCCAUGUCCUUGAGACAAACUUCUACUUAAUUUCCAUGGCUGGCCAGUGUAAACCCUUUGAGGUGACUGUGUGUGCUGUGUUACUCAGUGAAGGGCCGUGCUUGGCCCCCUUUCUCUCCCACUGUUUACCCAGGGAGUUGGCCCUGAUUAGCAGAUUAAUAUGAGAGGCUUUGGGACCCUGGCGGUGCUUUGAUCUAACGCUUUGCUGUGUGUGUGGACACACCCACUCUCUGCACCUCACCAUUGCUACGUUAAACUCACUCACACAAAUUCCAUUAGCUUCAAGCACUGAGUGUGGGAGUGAAAUUAAUAUUCAAAUAGCUAUUUGUUAGUGGAAUUAUGCAACCAUAAGACGAUGCAUAAAUUAUGUUGCACUCAAGGAUGUUUUAUCAGUUAAUUGAUAGAGAUAUAGUAAUAGGUAUUCUUUUGAAUCUAUUUAGAUUUAUAGUGAAAAGGUAUUUUUCCUAUUGUGAAUUGUGUGUUGUCAAUGCUGCAUGUUCUAAGAUAUAUCAUACAGUCCAGUCUAAAGUUUGGACACACCUACGCAUUCAAGAGUUUUUCUUUAUUUUUACAAUGUUCUACAUUGUAGAAAAAUAGUGAAGACAUCAAAACUAUGAAAUAACACAUAUGGAAUCAUGUAGUAACCAAAAAAGUGUUAAACAAAUCAAAUAUAUUUUCUAUUUGAGAUUCUUCAAAGUAGCCACCCUUUGCCUUGAUGACAGCUUUGCACGCUCUUGGCAUUCUCUCAAUCAGCUUCAACUGGAAUGCUUUUCCAACAGUCUUGAUAUAACACUUUUUUUGGUUGCUAGAUGAUUCCAUAUGUGUUAUUUCAUAGUUUUGAUGUCUUCACUCUUAUUCUACAAUAUAGAAAAUAGUAAACAAAAUUAAGAAAACCCUUGAAUGAGUAGGUGUGUCCAAACGUUUGACUUGUACUGUAUAUAUUUGAAUACAUUUCCUGCUGGUAAUUUUACUCUAAGAUGUAUGGUGACAUGAGGUGUUCUCUGCCCCACAGAUACUGCGGUAAACUAUUCCCACGGUCUGCCAACCUGACCCGCCACCUAAGGACACACACAGGAGAGCAACCGUAUAGGUAACACUCACACACACACACACACACAUCAUGUGUAAACAUUCCUAGCAUUAAAGGAGGGUCAGCCGUGGGAUGAGGGAUGUGGGAACAGGGAGUGUGAUCAUGCCGUGCUGACAGGAUGACGUCCCUCUAACCCUCCUCCAACGUCAGUUUGUCUCACCCCACGAGCACAGACAAUACUGAACGAAGACAGGACAGCUUUUCAACACAGUAUAAGUAAUCUGUUAAUGUCUGUCAGAUAGCCUACACACUUUCACAUAGACACACAAAGACCCAUAAAAAAAACACAAAAGCAUACUGGACCCAAGCAUGAACACACAACCAUAAACACAUACACACACUUUCUCAGAGAACGUUAUCAGACACACUGAUUCCUCCCAGACAGCCAUCGUUCAUCUAUCAGACCCAGUCCGCUGCUACACGGAUGUUUUCCCAGAGAAUUCCUGUCCACAGUUUGGGCAGCAUUCUUGUAUGUUUUCCUACGCCGUUAAAAGCUUGGAACAAUUAUCAUUCUACUAAAUAAUUUGCCUUAUGAAAAAUGGUGGCCGAUGUCUUGGUGACAGGAGGGGGGUUUGAACUUGAAGAUGGGGGGAGGGUGUGGCAGGGAGAGGGAAGGGGGAGGGGAGGGGGAGAGGGGGGGUAGUAAAGAAGGAAGUUUGGUGAAUAAUGGGGGUGAUGAGGAGUGCGGGCAGAUGUCCGGGGUUAGCAGCUGGAAUAAUGACUGUGAUGUCGGAGGGGGCGACUCGGAGCACACACACACACACACACACACACACAGAGACACACACACACACACACACAGUACACAGUCCAGGAGAGGCCAGUUGACCACAGGGGAGAACCUCAGGCCUCUGCAGCCCGCCUGAUAGAUUGAGCCUCUACCCACUGGCACAUCAUUAAAGAUCUCUGCUGUUUAUUGCAAUUUUUGCGAAGAUAACAGGGUGCUCCUGAGGGACGGCCAAUCGGGUGAGCUAAUUCCAGCUAGAAGAAAAGAUGUAAUCAUCUUGUAUAAUUUUGCAUGGAGGAGGGGGGGCUAUGCUCGAACAGAUGUGGAGGGGUUUCUAACAGAUUUGUUGCAUGCCUGUUUUGUGAGAGAAGAAUGUGAUUUGUAUUGCGCUGGCGGGAGAUAAGAGACAGAGCUGGUUUCACCUUGAACGAGCUCCUCCAUCAUGUCUGAGAGAGAGAGAGUGGGGGAUGGCGGGGGCUGGCCAUGAAUACGUGUGUGUGUGUGUGUUCCACUGUGAAUGUGUACAGUAUCAUUCAAAUAGGGGUGAUUGUUAAAACCUCUUAAGGAUCUGACCCUUUUUUUCAAUUUUCACCUAAAAUGACAUUCCCAAAUCUAACUGUCUGUAGCUCAGGACCUGAAGCAAGAAUAUGCAUAUUCUUGAUACCAUUUGAAAGGAAACACUUUGAAGUUUGUGGAAAUGUUAAAUUAAUUUAGGAGACUAUAACACAUUAGAUCUGGUAAAAGAUAACACAAACAAAAAAACAUGCAUUUUCUAUUUUUCUUUUUGUUUCAUCAUCUUUUAAAUGCAGUUUAGGCGCAAUUUAGAUAUUGGCCACUAGAUGGCAGCAGUGUGUGUAUGCAAAGUUUCAGAUUGAUCCAGUGAAGCAUUGCAAUACUAGACUAUUUUGUAUCAAGUCUGCCCAAAUGUGCCGAAUUGGUCAAUUGAUACAUUUUAAAGUACAUAACUAUAGACAACAUGCAAAAAUGAUAUGGUAAUAGAAAAUGUAAGUUUACACACUCCCAGGAAUGUCAUACAUGAUGGAUCAUUAGUUUAUACACUAACUUUCACACAUCUAGAUGGCCGGGCGGGGUGGGUGUGGAGCCAGAGACAGCAGGGGUUCAAACUGUAGAACCAAGUUCCUACAUUUGAAUAUAAAAAUUGAUUUGAUCAAACAAAACUAUGCUACAUUUUAUCUCUGGGACCCUUGGGAUGACAAAUCAGAAUGUAAGUACAUUAUUUACCUUCAGAGGUGAAUGUAUCAAACCAGCUGCUGUGAUACGUUUUUUGUUGUUGUGCACUCUCCUCAAACAAAAGCAUGGUAUUUUUUCACUGUAAUAGCUACUUUAAAUUGGCAGUGCAGUUAGAUUAACAAUAAUUUAAGCUUUCUGCCCAUAUAAGACAUGUCUACAGUGAGGGGAAAAAGUAUUUGAUCCCCUGCUGAUUUUGUACGUUUGCCCACUGACAAAGAUAUGAUCAGUCUAUAAUUUUAAUGGUAGGUUUAUUUGAACAGUGAGAGACAGAAUAACAACAAAAAAAUCCAGAAAAAUGCAUGUCAAAAAUGUUUUGCAUUUGAUUUGCAUUUUAAUGAGGGAAAUAAGUAUUUGACCCCUCUGCAAAACAUGACUUAGUACUUGGUGGCAAAACCCUUGUUGGCAAUCACAGAGGUCAGACGUUUCUUGUAGUUGGCCACCAGGUUUGCACACAUCUCAGGAGGGAUUUUGUCCCACACCUCUUUGCAGAUCUUCUCCAAGUCAUUAAGGUUUCGAGCCUGACGUUUGGCAACUCGAACCUUCAGCUCCCUCCACAGAUUUUCUAUGGGAUUAAGGUCUGGAGACUGGCUAGGCCACUCCAGGACCUUAAUGUGCUUCUUCUUGAGCCACUCCUUUGUUUCCUUGGCCGUGUGUUUUGGGUCAUUGUCAUGCUGGAAUACCCAACCACGACCCAUUUUCAAUGCCCUGGCUGAGGGAAGGAGGUUCUUACCCAAGAUUUGACGGUACAUGGCCCCGUCCAUCGUCCCUUUGAUGCGGUGAAGUUGUCCUGUCCCCUUAGCAGAAAAACACCCCCAAAGCAUAAUGUUUCCACCUCCAUGUUUGACAGUGUGGAUGGUGUUCUUGGGGUCAUAGGCAGCAUUCCUCCUCCUCCAAACACGGCGAGUUGAGUUGAUGCCAAAGAGCUCGAUUUUGGUCUCAUCUGACCACAACACUUUCACCCAGUUCUCCACUGAAUCAUUCAGAUGUUCAUUGGUAAACUUCAGACGGGCCUGAAUAUGUGCUUUCUUGAGCAGGGGGACCUUGCGGGCGCUGCAGGAUUUCAGUCCUUCACGACAUAGUGUGUUACCAAUUGUUCUCUUGGUGACUAUGGUCCCAGCUGCCUUGAGAUCAUUGACAAGAUCCUCCCGUGUAGUUCUGGGCUGAUUCCUCACCAUUCUCAUGAUCAUUGCAACUCCACGAGGUGAGAUCUUGCAUGGAGCCCCAGGCCGAGGGAGAUUGACAGUUAUUUUGUGUUUCUUCCAUUUGCGAAUAAUAAAACUGUUGUCACCUUCUCACCAAGCUGCUUGGCGAUGGUCUUGUAGCCCAUUCCAGCCUUGUGUAGGUCUACAAUCUUGUCCCUGACAUCAUUGGAGAGCUCUUUGGUCUUGGCCAUGGUGGAGAGUUUGGAAUCUGAUUGAUUGCUUCUGUGGACAGGUGUCUUUUAUACAGGUAACAAGAUGAGAUUAGGAGCACUCCCUUUAAGAGUGUGCUCCUAAUCUCAGCUCGUUACCUGUAUAAAAGACACCUGGGAGCCAGAAAUCUUUCGGAUUGAGAGGGGGUCAAAUACUUAUUUCCCUCAUUAAAAUGCAAAUCAAUUUAUAACAUUUUUGACAUGCGUUUUUCUGGAUUUUUUUGAUGUUAUUCGGUCUCUCACUGUUCAAAUAAACCUACCAUUAAAAUGAUAGACUGAUAAUUUCUUUGUCAGUGGGCAAACGUACAAAAUCAGCAGGGGAUCAAAUACUUUUUUCCCUCACUGUAUGUCCUGGAAGGUUUGCUGUUACUUACAACAGUCAUGCUAAUCACAUUAGCACACGUUAGCUCAACAGUCCCUUAUAUGGGACACCGAUCCUGUAGAGGUUAAAGGGAUACUUCAGAGUCAGAUUCAUUUAUGGAUACCAUUUGUAUGUCUCUGCAUCCAGUAUGAAGGAGGUUAGAGGUAGUUUGGCAAGUCAAGGCUAACUAGCGUUAGCGCAAUGACUAGAAAGUCUAUGGUAUCUACUAGCAUGCUAGCAGUUACCAUAGACCUCCAGUAAUUGCGCAAACACUAGUUAGCAAUUGCAGUAACGCUAGUUAGCAACUUCCUUCAAACUGCACGCAGAGAUAUAUAAAUGGUAUCCAUGAGUUCAUAUGACUCUGGGGAAGUAGAUAAUAAUAAUAAUAAUAAUAAUAAUAAUAUGCCAUUUAGCAGACACUUUUAUCCAAAGCGACUUACAGUCAUAGAUGAAGGGCUUCAUUGCAAAAAUCCUGAAGUAUCCCUUUAAGACCUAUGUCUUUGUUUGUGUGUAUGCUUUUACUGUAUCUACUCCAGCAUGUGUGUAGUGUAUUUGUAUCGUUCCCCAUGAGUCCCACCUGUUUUGACCUCUAGGAGUGACCCCUACCUAUCUGCCUCCUCAGGUGUAAGUACUGCGACCGCUCGUUCAGCAUCUCCUCCAACCUGCAGCGCCACAUCCGCAACAUCCACAACAAGGAGAAGCCCUUCAAGUGUCACCUGUGUGACCGCUGCUUCGGCCAGCAGACUAACCUGGACCGCCACCUCAAGAAGCAUGAGAACGGUAACCUCUCAGGUGAGAGAGCCUCUCAAUCAAUCAAUCAAUCAAAUGUAUUUAUAAAUACAAAGUAGUUUGUUACAAAGUGCUUUACAGAAACCUAGGAAAUUAACCUGUUUAGUACUAGUGUACGUACAUCCUGUAACUUGCAGGUGCAGGGUGUCAUGUAGAAAUCUUCCUAGCGUGAAAUAGUUCCCAAUCGUUCUGAUUGUGACAUCAUGUUGUAAAAUUUCUCACAGCGUAAUAAUGUUCCCAGCUCUUUAUAUGGAUGGCUGAGCUCGUGCGGAUGUCUCUCUCUCUCACCCUCGCUCACCCUUGAUUUAGCUAGCUAGCUGGUGGAGAUGGCUUGUUCUCAGAGGUGUGCCGUUUUAGCUUGUUUGUAUAUCUAAAUACAAAAAAUAACGUAAGGAAAGAAACACAGAUACAGGUUUUAAUGCUCCCGCAGUUUUAUUGUGAAAUGUUUCGACCCUUACGGACUCCUUUGGGUCCAAACGUUGCACAAUAAAACUGCAGGAGCAUUCAACAGUGUGUGUGUAUCUAUCUUUCUUGAAAUGAACUGGUGACCAACAAAACUGCUGAUGAUUCAAAUUGGAUAUAUUUAUAUACUGCAUGAGCACUCACUCACCCUCAAUUGCCUCCGUAAAUUCUCCAGCUGUAUAUAAUGUGAAAUGUAAUUUACUUACGGUUAAAUAAGGCAUUUGGGGUAGCUAAGAAAUUAGAUUAAAUAAAUCUGUCGUCCGUCUCCGCGACAACACAAUUGCACUCUGAAUGUUCGGCAACUCAGCUGCUUUCGGCGGUACAAAUCAUCGCUGGUUGAGUUUGAUAGGUCGCUCUACGUCGCAGCGACUCACUGAAUCACAUCAGAAACAUGGAGGCAAGCAGGCGACACCUGUCCAGACACCUGUUGUAAAGCUAGUCCAGUUGAUCAGAUACAUUCACUUAUUAAAGCAAACAUUGGCGUUCUCUGGAAACCUAGAGACUCAUACACUUGGUCCCAUCACUUAGUAGAGUCAAGAUAAUAUUGGUUCACUUAAAUACAGUGGCGGCUCCUGAAAAAAUUCUCAGGGGGGGCAAUUUUUCUGGUGAUUUAGGUGACCUACACACAUUGGGCGGCAGGUAGCUUAGUGGUUAAGAGCGUUGUGCCAGUAACCGAAAGGUCGCUGGUUCUAAUCCCCGAGCUGACUAGGUGAAAGAUCUGUCGAUGUGCCCUUGAGCAAGGCACUUAACCCUAAUUGCUCAUGUAAGUCGCUCUGGAUAAGAGCGUCUGCUAAAUGACAAUAAAUAAAUAAAAUAAAAUAAAAAAAGAUAUGUCCAGCAACAACAUGAAGACAGGGGCAGCAUAUAAGUCAAUACUGAUAUACACAUUACUUGCUUCAAAAAGGCCUCAUGGUUGAAUUGGAAAUAUGUGCACCUGAGCAUAAUUCACAACAAGCAAGCAGGAGCUUUUGAUAGAGGCUACUGAAAACAUUGAUGCAAGUUAUUGGUAAUAAGACAUUUUUAUAGACUUCCAUAUUCUGCCCUCUUGUAUAGAUUUGUGAAAAUGAACAGUGAUAGACAUUUUGCCUGAAAACAGAAUUUGAAAAUAAUUUCUAGAAAAGGUAAACACAGCUAUCUGUAUGGCUUUGUAAAAAUGAACAACCAUAUUCUGGCCAAUUGUAUAGAUUUGUAAAUAUGAACAACCAUAUUCUGGCCAAUUGUAUAGAUUUGUAAAAAUGAACAUGAACAGAUUUUUUUUUAUUUUUACUUUAAAAAAAAUGAAAAAUAACUAUUUUAAACAACAUCAACUGUGAACUGAUUUGGGCGUGUGUGUGUUAAAGAGACAGACAGGGAGGGACAAAGAGAGAGAGAGGCUACAUUACUUGUACUGAAACUGUUCUAGCUUGCUGCAUGAUCAAAUUCAGCUGAUGCGCAUAGCAAUGCAUGUAAUGGGCAUUCUUGAAAUGCUCACGCACAUUUUGCUGCACACCAGCAUUCUCUCCCCUCAUCACACUGGCUCCAUCGUAAGCUUGCGCAAUGAGUUUGACUUUCUCGUCGUCGGCAAAAAGACCGUUCAGUCUCUCCAAAAGCACACUGGCGAUUGAGACUGAGGUUGAUUCCGAGAUGGGAAGGAACUCAAAAAAGCGCUCCUGCACUUUGUGGUUGCUAUCUAUGUACCUCAGCACAAGCACCAGCUGUGUCUGUGUAGAAACGUCCGUGGUCUCGUCAGCUUGGAUAGCUACGAAGUUCGCCGACUUCACCUCCUCCACAAUAUGUUCCCUCAUGACCGCUAGCAUACACUCCAGUAGCUCGUUUUGAAUGGUCUUUGAUGUGCCCUUGAAAACUUUAGCAUUUUUAAGAUGGUCAUCAAACACCUAAUCUAAUUGUGCCACAAAGUUGACAAGUCCAAGAAAAAUACCAGGGUUGGUGGAGCCCUCAGUUUCAUCUUUGCCUCGCAAAGCUAGCCAUCUUGACAGUAGUACGUGAAUUGAUUGACGCUGCUACCCGCUCUUUUCUUAGUUAUGUUCAUGGUUACUUAUGUUACGUAUGACGAAAGCGCGUAAGUGCAAGCCCUCCCGGAACCCAUAGAGAUUGUAUUGAAAGCUCUGAUAUUUGAAAAAAAAAAGAUUUUACAUGAGAGUCUAUGAGAGACUCCUGGGCGAUUUUCAACCUGACUGAAAUCGCCCCAAAAGGGGCGGGGCCAUUUGAAGCACGACUUUAGCCUGAUUGGACAUUUAGUGGCAGAUCAGACGUCUAGAUUAGAACACUGAUAACUACUGUUGCCGUGAUAUAAUUGAUUAGAAAAAAAAUCCCUUCCUUUUCCCGUUUGGCAGUGCGUCGCCCAUAUCGCCCUAAUGAACACACCGCCCCUGCUUAAAUAUAUACUUACUAUACUCUCUACCGGAUACUAUCUUGGGGAUUAGUACUGCCAGGUAAAACAGACUACAGGGUUAGGGUCUGCCUUGUCAAUUCUGGAAGUAAACUGAAAUUCCAAUUCCAAAUUGGACUGAAUUGAAAUGGAACAAUUGACCUCAACCCUGCAGUAACUUUACUUCCGGGUAAUAAGGCCAGUGUAAGUGUGCUAUUCCUGCAGGCCUUGGUCUAACACCAACAGGAGAUACAGUACAUACUGGUACACCAGGCCAGUGUGGGAUUGGUUUCUCGUCAAGUAUCUGAUUCCAAAUAGUUUAUUGUCAUCCAAAGGGAAAUCCAAUGGGGCUGUCACUGUGGUCUUAAUUGUAUUAUUUUAAUAUAUUAAAACUGACUGAUUAUAAUGUUGUCUUUCUGUAGGCACGGCUGCAUCCUCCCCUCGGUCAGAGCUGGACAGCAGCAGCGCCAUCCUGGACGACAAAGAGGACUCCUACUUCAACGAAAUACGAAACUUUAUCGGCAACACAGGCCAGAACCAGCUGUCCCCUGACCAUUCUGAGGAAGGGUAAGUCAUAUGUUUUGUCUGGAUGAGCGUGUGAAUGUGCAUAUAAUAUAUGUAUGUGUGUGUCAAAAAAAAAUGCUUUGACAAACAGUAUACACAUUCAUCAUUCAUCUUAUCCUCUGUAACACACACACACACACACAUGCACACAUGCACACACACAAACGAGAGGCCUGAUUUUCUGCAGCACAUAUUCAGUGCUUGAGGCUAAACAGGGAGAUGAUUAUAGACAAACAUGGGUGGACACGGCCUCUCUGUGCUGGCCUGCUGGGGCAUUCUGAUGCACUUCAGCCUUUAUUCAUUUCUGUGUGUGUGUGUGUGUGUGUGUGUGUGUGUGUGUGUGCGUGUUUGUGUGUGUGCGUGUUUGUGUGUGUGCAAGCAUGUGUGUAUUAAUGAACAUGUCGUCCAGGGAGGUUCGGAGCAACAAACAAUCAUCACUGACGACAUCUGGGAUAAUUACCACAUUUGGAAACAUGCAGGAGCUUUUUACAACUGUUGACUUUCGGCCAUGCAUGUGCACCGGUAUCGGCCUUGCAUACAAUUAUGUCUGAUGAUUAUGCAAAUCAAUUCUUGGAAAACUAUGAUCAGCUUGGGGAUAGCUGUUGGCUACAAGUCGGGGGGUUUAUUUUUAUGUGCCUUGUGUUUGAUCAUGUGCUAGAGAUCUUUCAAAGUUUUGAUUGUGUAAAAAAGGGGUUGUGGGUGCAGGCGGUGGAGCGUCAGAGAGACGUGGGGAGAGAGGGGGGGAGGGGGGUGAGACAGGGGAAGGCGGGAGGGGGGGGUCUGCAGCCUGUGAGUGACUAGCUCCCACAUCUGGAACCAACAUGUCCGCCUACAGGAGAAAGUCAGAGAAGGUGGGGUCAAGGGUUCGGCCCGUGUUUCCUUUCAAAGUGCGGCGCUCCUGACUACUUCUGAUAGAUACUUUAUCCCCAGCAAAUUACCACGUUUGAAAGCGUAAUUAGCGAAUCUGUUUUCUUAAUCACGGAGGCUCUCGUCUCGGCCGGCGCUGCUGGUCUCGCUAUGCGGUGCGCUGCGAUGUCGACGACAUGGCAACUACCGCCUUGGCAGCCCUGGCCCUCUCCCAGUCCCACCCAGGGGGCGCGUUGCUUUUCAACUCUGUCCAAUUCCUGCUAUAAUCGCCCCACUCUGAUAAAUGCUAGAGAUGGAUAGCAGAUAGCAGAUAGCCUUGUGCUAAAAUAUGUACCGCAAUUAUUCUCCCACUCCUUCUCUUCACGACUCAUUGCAAACUCAGCUUUCUUCUCCUUCAAAUAGAUCAUUUCCUGGAUACUUCAGGGUCCUCUAAUCUACGAGGUGAUUUUGGCGGGUGUAGAACUAGGGUCCACAGCCAGACUUUGUGUGCUAGCCUCGUCUAGAAAAAGACAUAGUUGGGAGCUGACGAGAGACGUCCCAGAGUGUAAUUAGUGAAUCCGUCUUAAUGUGGUUCCAGAUGAUUUACCAAAUGGUGGUUUCCUGAGGCUGCAGAGACAGUUGGCAGAUUAAACCCCAGUCAGGUUUUGAUAGCUGGGCCUUUUCUCUCCGUGGGGACCAGGGAAAUGGACCGCUUGGCAAGGCCCUCAUAACUCUCCCACCAAAUGGGGCUGUCAGCUAAAUAUUUUGCCUAUUAGAUGAAUCUGAGAUAGAAGGAAAAUAAACAACAGGAGAGGCUGAGCAGUGCUGUUAAGUGCUGCAGCGAUCAGUGAGACGCUCAAGAGCCUGUGCCCAGAGAGGCCCUCGAGACUCGAUGACAAACGGGAUUCCGGCUCUGCCUCUCUCUGCCCCAGCUCAGCUGCCAUGGCUUGCUCCGCGCUGCUCUGCUCUACCUACUCGCUCUCUCUCUACCCUCUCUCUACUCCCAUUGUUCACUCAGGAAGGAGGGACUCUUACAGGGACUGACUGGACAAAAUACAUUUCAUUAUAACGUUUUCUGUAAGAAUGUGUGUGAGUUAGCCUUGUAUCCAUAAGUAUAUGGUGUAUGGCAAUGAUAGAAGGUUAGAAUUGGCUUCAGCACAAACAGUAUGGAUACAACGUGGCUAAGUGUGAGUGUGUAUAUUGCUGAUGUAAAGGUUUUGCAGUACUCUGCUAGUGAUGUGCUAGGUUUUACUCAUGUAUUUCCUGGUCUCCACUCCUAGGUUGAACGGUGGUUCUUUCGAGGAGGAGAAGCCCCUGAUUGUCAGCCACGGGUCACUUGACCUGGAGGAGGGGGAGGGGGAGGAGCUUGGCGCCAAGGAGGAGGAAGGGGAGCAGAGAGACUCCGCUGCUGGGAAACCUAGAGACGAAGCUCCCCCCAGCAACCUAGAUGAUGACAUCAUACACAACGAAAUAGAAUUUGAUGGACCUAGCGAUUUGGAGCUCAACUGCAAGACCUCCCCAAGGAGGUAAGAGUAGUGGGGAUAUGCCUCCAGCAUAAAUAUCCACUCACACAACCAUGGAGACUAAAAUAUAUGGACACAUACGUAUAUGUACCAAGCUGAGACAUUGUGACAGUAUAUUGGCAUUCUUUAAACCCCCUGAAGGGAUCAUUGAAUGGAAUUGAGUUGAUUUGAAUUGAAUUGAAUUGAAUUGAGUUGAAUUAAAUUAAAUUAAUUUAAGUUGAGAUGAGAAGUUGAAUUAAAUGUUGACAGGGAUUCGGUUGUCUCCCUCCUCUCCAGCUAUGAGGAGGAGGAGGAUCAGAGUAGCUACUCUGCACACGAUCACAUCCGUCACUUCUCUGACAUGCAUAAGAUGGAGGACAGUGAGUUCAGUGACGGGGACGGCACUGCUUUCGGCUCCCCCAGCCUGCCUGAGGCCGUCAAACAGCCCCUGUACAGGAAAUCCAAGUCCCAGGUAAAGUGUGUGUGUUUGAUGUGUGUGUGUGUGCGUGUGUGUGUGUGUGAGAUAUAACAUGAUAAUGUACGAAAAAGUGUGAAAAUGUAUGUACAGUCGUGGUCAAAAGUUUUGAGAAUGACAUAAAUAUUAAUUUUCACAAAGUCUGCUGCCUAAGUUUUUAUGAUGGCAAUUUGCAUAUACUCCAGAAUGUUAUGAAGAGUGAUCAGAUGAAUUGCAAUGAAUUGCAAAGUCCCUCUUUGCCAUGAAAAUUAACUUAAUCCCAAAAAAACAUUUCCACUGCAUUUCAGCCCUGCCACAAAAGGACCAGCUGACAUCAUGUCAGUGAUUUCUCGUUAACACAGGUGAGAGUGUUGACAAGGACAAGGCUGGAGAUCACUCUGUCAUGCUGAUUGAGUUAGAAUAACAGACUGGAAGCUUUAAAAGGAGGGUGGUGCUUGAAAUCAUUGUUCUUCCUCUGUUAACCAUGGUUACCUGCAAGGAAACACGUGCCAUCAUCAUUGUUUUGCAUAAAAAGGGCUUCACAGGCAAGGAUAUUGCUGCUAGUAAGAUUGCACCUAAAUCAACCAUUUAUCGGAUCAUCAAGAACUUCAAGGAGAGAGGUUCAAUUGUUGUGAAGAAGGCUUCAGGGUGCCCAAGAAAGUCCAGCAAGCCCCAUGACCUUCUCCUAAAGUUGAUUCAGCUGCGGGAUCAGGGCACCACCAGUGCAGAGCUUGCUCAGGAAUGGCAGCAGGCAGGUGUGAGUGCAUUUGCACGCACAGUGAGGCGAAGACUUUUGGAGGAUGGCCUGGUGUCAAGAAGGGCAGCGAGGAAGCCACUUCUCUCCAGGAAAAAUAUCAGGGACAGACUGAUAUUCUGCAAAAGGUUCAGGGAUUAGACUGCUGAGGACUGGGGUAAAGUCAUUUUCUCUGAUGAAUCCCCUUUCCAAUUGUUUGGGGCAUCUGGAAAAAAGCUUGUCUGGAGAAGACAAGGUGAGCGCUACCAUCAGUCCUGUGUCAUGCCAACAGUAAAGCAUCCUGAGACCAUUCAUGUGUGGGGUUGCUUCUCAGCGAAGGGAGUGGGCUCACUCACAAUUUUGCCUAAGAACACAGCCAUGAAUAAACAAUGGGACCAACACAUCCUCCGAGAGCAACCAUCCAAGAACAGUUUGGUGACAAACAAUGCCUUUUCCAGCAUGAUGGAGCACCUUGCCAUAAGGCAAAAGUGAUAACUAUGUGGCUCGGGGAACAAAACAUCUACAUUUUGGGUCCAUGGCCAGGAAACUCCCCAGACCUUAAUCCCAUUGAGAACUUGUGGUCAAUCCUCAAGAGGCGGGUGGACAAACAAAAACCCACAAAUUCUGACAAACUCCAAGCAUUGAUUAUGCAAGAAUGGGCUGCCAUCAGUCAGGAUGUGGCCCAGAAGUUAAUUGACAGCAUGCCAGGGCAGAUUGCAGAGGUCUUGACAAAGAAGGGUCAACACUGCAAAUAUUGACUCUUUGCAUAAACUGAAUGUAAUUGUCAAUAAAAGCCUUUGACACUUAUGGAAUGCUUGUAAUUAUUCUUCAGUAUAUCAUAGUAACAUCUGACAAAAAUAUCUAAAAACACUGAAGCAGCAAACUUUGUGAAGACCAAUACUUGUGUCAUCUCAAAACUUUUGACCACGAUUGUACUCACUACAGUAAGUCACUCUGAAUAAGACUAAAAUGUAAAUGCAUGUGUGUGUGUGGUGGGGGGGCAAUGCGUAUAUAUGCAACUGUGCGUGUGUGCUCAUGCAUUUGUGUGAGUGUGUAUGUACACUUUAGGUGUGUAUUGGAGUCAACCUGUCCUCCCUCUCCCUCUCCCCAGGCGUACGCCAUGAUGCUGUCUCUGGCUGACAAGGACGCACUCCACCCAGCCAACCACACACCAGCCACCAUGUGGCACAGCCUGGUGCGGGCCGCUGCUGAGUCCAGUGCCAUCCAGUCCCUCAGCCAUGUAUGAUACCCCGAUCCCUAACCCCUGACCCCUAAACCCCCCGACCCCGACCUAUCGCACUGGGAGCCCUUGGGGGCCGUCAGCGGGGCCCCUGGCCCUUGGCCCGUCACAGACUGCUGAGCAGAACCACGGCCCAUCUGACUGCUGAGCAGAAUACCUUACACACGAGCAGGGUCACCGUCCACAGAGAACCACCCAGCCCAGCCCAGCCAAGCCCAGCCCUCCAAGAGAUCCAACAAAACAUCCCUCCUGAGACCUUAAAUUGA